CGCUCAGACGCUUUCAGCUUUUAUUCCCCGCAUCGGCGUCGGGGUUGCAGAUGGAUUAAAGAUUAAGAGCAGCGGAGGAAUCCAGCGUUUCCUCUCCGGAUGGAGCCACUCCACACAAAGUGACACAACGUGGGCGGCGCGUCGAAGACCCGAUCUGCAGGCGCGGCGCAGCGGCUCCACGCAGGAGUCAGGAGCUGGGUGUGAAGCUGAGUAGACGUGACGGCGUGGUCCUUUCAGUGUGUUGACCUGCGGAACAGAAACACGCGUGAAGGCUUAGAGUGGGGGCUCCGGGUUAAGGCUAAACUGCCCUCUGGAGCGCGUCUGACCACAUUGGACCUCACUUGAUUAGGAAAGAGAACGAUGUUGUUUUAUCCUUUUUUUUAUUUUUUAUUUUUUUAUUUGAGCGUCUGAACUGUUCCACCUGACGUGCCGCAGACGAUAAAUUGGAUGUAACCUCUGGCGAAAACAUUUUUUGGAAACGUGAUUCGCGUCUGUCUGCCUGCGCGUAUUUUCUGGAGACAUUUCCAGCGACGCGUCUUUGGCACGGCAAUAAAUCAAAGAGAUGUGCUGCUGUGAAUUUCUUUUGCCAAACUGAACUCAAAGAGGAGUGAUCAAGAACCAAGAGCCGGGGAAAGAGAUUUUCUUAAUGAAGUGACGAGAGGACAUUUAUGGCCACAUGAAAAUUACGUGAAAAGCUCUGGAGAUGCGGCGCAAAUGCUUUUUUCUGCUCCAGGUGUUUGCCGUUGUGAGCCUCCUCCCCUCGGCCUCCUUAGCAGAUUUGACAUGCGAAGCUCUGCUGGCAGGGAAUGUCUCACUGCAGUCCCUGGUCGCCUCCUGGAACCAAACCCUGAGCAACACCACGAGCCAGUGGAGCGGCUCAGGAAUCUACUGCGAAACCUCCAUCGAUGGCAUCGGCACCUGCUGGCCCAGGAGCAGCGCUGGCCAGAUGGUGUCCCGGCCCUGCCCCAAGAUGUUUUACGGUGUCAGAUACAACACCACCAAUAACGUUUAUAGGAAAUGUCUGGAAAAUGGGACGUGGGCGCUGAAGGGGAACUACUCCAUGUGUAAGGCCAUACUUCAUGAGGAGAAAAAAGGCAAGAUGCACUUCCAGAUCGCUGUCAUCAUAAACUUCCUGGGUCAUUGCAUCUCCAUGGUGGCUCUGCUCAUCGCCUUCUUCCUCUUCUUGUGCUUGAGGAGUAUCCGAUGUCUGAGAAACAUCAUCCACUGGAAUCUAAUCACCGCCUUCAUCUUGAGAAAUGCCACCUGGUUCAUCGUCCAGCUGACCAUGAGCCCAGAGGUGCACGAAAGUAACGUGCUUUGGUGUCGACUUGUCACUGCCUCAUUCAACUAUUUCCACUCCACCAACUUUUUUUGGAUGUUUGGAGAAGGCUGCUACCUUCACACUGCGAUCGUCCUCACGUACUCCACUGACAAGCUCCGCAAGUGGAUGUUCAUCUGCAUCGGCUGGUGUAUACCUUUCCCUAUAAUUGUGGCGUGGGCCAUCGGGAAGCUGUACUACGACAACGAGAAGUGCUGGUUUGGGAAGCGACCCGGUGUGUACACCGACUACAUCUACCAAGGUCCCAUGAUCCUUGUGCUGGUGAUCAAUUUCAUCUUCCUCUUCAACAUAGUGAGAAUUUUGAUGACCAAACUGCGAGCCUCUACGACGUCCGAGACGAUCCAGUACAGGAAAGCUGUGAAAGCAACGCUGGUACUCCUUCCCCUCCUGGGAAUCACCUACAUGCUGUUUUUUGUCAACCCAGGGAAGGAUGAAAUUUCUCAAAUGGUCUUCAUAUAUUUCAACUCGUUUUUGGUUUCCUUCCAGGGCUUCUUCGUGUCAGUGUUUUACUGCUUCCUAAACAGUGAGGUCCGCUCAGCUGUGCGGAAGCGGUUCCACCGGUGGCAGGAGCAGCACUCGAUCCGGGCCAGGAUGACCCAGGCUAUGUCCAUCCCAACUUCACCUUCACGCGUCAGCUUUCACAGCAUCAAGCAGUCCACAUCGAUAUGAAACAAGAAACCAGCUUUACCGUGCAUACUGGGACAAACCCUCCAGCUAUCAUUGUCAUCGUUUCCCACCACCUCAGCGAAGUACACUAAAAAAACCUCUCUGAGCAGGGACAAAGAGACACCGCAUCGGUCUCCUAAACCUCAGGGGGGACAUUAAGCAGACUUUCUGGAGAAAAUGGAUGGUGACUGGGGGAAAAGGACUUUGCAGACUUUGCAUUAAUAAAGGUUAGUGGAUCAAAAGAUCAGGGAGCUGAUCUGUAUGACCUGAAGUUUCAGUGUGAAUGUACAGCACACCAUUCGGUUUAAUAUUGGCUUGCUGUAAAAAAAAAAAAAAAAAAAAACAUCUGGUUUAUUCCUGCCUGCAUAAUUAAAUUUAGCAAUCAUCAUCCAAUAAACCUUGUGGCGCUUAUUGGGAGUCAGUCCCAGGGGACUUUGCAUCCUAAAGGCAGAGACAAAGUUGUUAAAUAUUCAGAAAUAUAUAGAUAUGUUUGUUUUUACAGUGAUUUAUUUUUUUUAUUUUAAUUUUUUUUUUUAUGUUGUACUGUCAUCCUUGGUUCUCAGUUCGGUGAAGUUGUGCUUCGUUCAUCAACUUUCCAGGAAGGUUGAAUACAUUCCGUUCUUCUACCUGAAGAGUUUUGUUCCACAGUAAUCAUUAAUGCUGUUUAGUGAUAAUUUUAUGAUAAAACAGCUUUUUUUAAUUUUUACAACAAGCUAUCAAGAAUUUAAAAAAAAACACAAACGGUAAUAUAUAUUUUUUCCGAGAGGAAGAUCUUAUGGGGGGAAAAAACAGAAAGUUAUGGAAGGAACAGUUUCUGUGGAUAUUUCUGAUAACAUUUAUCACAAAGUAAAAAUAAAUCACUAAAUUGGUGAUGAUUAUAAGGUUUCAGGGGAGCUGUGUCUCCAGGGUUGAUGAGGUUGUUUGAAUCCUCGUGGGAAAAGACACAGAGCUAAUAAUGGAAGACAGUAUCACAUUAGUGCAGUCCUUUAACUUUGAUAGAUGCUUUUUCUUGAUUAUCUGCCCCAGACAUUUUGCUAAGUAAUACUAAUCUCUUCCCUGCUCCUUGUACAGACUACAGUAGCUCAAGAAGUGCUUGCCCUGUUAGUAUGGCCAAGUUUCUAACUGGUGUAUGUUCUUGUUUAUUGACAUGGUCACAAAUCAAAAAGCUGUGGUUAUUUUACACCCUUGAUUUGGAGUAAUUUUCAUCACACGAUACACAUGUUAUCUUUUUAUUGUUAAUAUCAUUUUAAUUCAAGAUCAAAUCAAAAAUACUUACCUGACAGGGAGAUUAAAGGUUGUUACAACUCAAAACAUUAAAGCAUCUUCAAAGAGUUGUUGUGGAUGGUAGUCCUGAAAAGGUCUUCAGUAGCAGUCAAGUCUUGCAAUAAAUCUGAAAAGGCUUCUGACUGAAUAUAGUUGAUGUAUAACAUUCCUAUUAGUCAUGACAUGCUAAUAGCUCAAAGCCAGGCAGCAGAGAUGAUAUUCCACAGUAGCAUGUCCAGGACGACACCACCAGUUGUUGGCAAGCGCUGAUUAGCUGAGGAAAAUAUAUCUAUCUCAUUCAAUUUUGAUUGUCAGGAUAAAAAACAUUUGUAAUAUCUGCACUGACUGACCCUCUUUCAGUUCUCUGUAACAAGCUGACAAACUGUAAGCACCCUUUUCCAAACGUGGCUAUCACAUUUGGGCUUUGCCUACUUUAACAAUACACUACCCUGUUCCAAUCAAUACUUCCCCCCAUCAUGGUUCUUGGCUUACGAUACUUCCUGUGUUUGACUGUUUUUGCGUUUCAGCGUUGGUUUAACAGCCAAGACUCUCAAUGUGCUUUCCAAUUCCAAACAAACUUUUUGGUCCAUGCACUCAUCUGUCCAAGCAGCUGAACUUCCAGUUCAAGCCUGAAAGCAGCUAAAAAAAUUGAAUUUUCUUCUAACGUCGUCUAUUAUUUUAUUGUACAGUUGUUUUGGGCUCUGGGUGAAUCCAUUCCUUUAUGACUUCAUACCCAUCUGUAACCAUUUUGUCAGGACGUACAUCCAUUUUGUACCCAAUGCUUAAAAGUAGUUUUGUGUUUGAAAUAUGCUGAUAAUCCUAAAAAUAUUUAUUUGUGAGUUAUAAUAUCAACUAUCAGGAGGUGUAGAAUAUUUUACAUUAUUCUACACCUCAGUUUAUUGUGUUUGUGAUCCCUGUUUGAGCUAGCUGACAGAUGUGGUGAGAAGCUGGGGACUCCAUUACAUUUUUAUUUGGAAUUUGAAUUUAUUUUAGAACUGAUUUUUUAUUAUUAUUAUGUAUUUUUCAUGAUCUACUCUUGUUUUGCUAUCAGAAAAUGUAUUUAUGUGAGUAAUGCAGUAAUUUUUCAUAUGAGAGCUAGAAGUUUCAUCAGGGAUUAGAACCACAGUCAAUGAAAAUAGGAUGAACAAUACAAAGUAUUCAGAAAAUUGUAUUUAAUUUUUGAUUAUUUAUCUUGAUAAGUCAAAAAAUUAAGAGAAAUAAACAGAUGGUUAAUUAAAUGCAAACAAAAUGAUUUAAGGUGACAAAAUGGAAGGACAGGACAAAAUGGCAAUAUGUUGAUAUGAACUAGGGACAAAUUGACCUAGAGCCAAAACUGUGGCCCAAGAUCAAAACAAAAUACCAAUGAGGAACUUCCUGAUGACUACUAAUAUUAGCCUAUUAUAAUCAAGUUUGUAUGCAUUGGAAAAUAAGCUAUAACUGUCAACCUGAUAAUGAAAUCCUAUUAUAUCAGAAAGCAGCUCCUUUUUGGACUCUAAAAGUCUAGUAUGAAAAGAGAAACACUACAAAUAUUAGAAAUGACAAGGGGAUAAAAUUACCAUCACCAUUUGUCAAAAAAGCUGACCAAUAACGAUUUGCAACCCUGUUAGUUACUUUUGUGGCAUUGUCAUUGUGACUUAAGGUCUUUUUAAGGAAAUUAUCUCCAGCUACACAUGGCAGGUGACCCUGGUGAAGAGAAAAGCCACUGGAUACAUUUUUAAAUAUAAAUAGUUUAUUAAAUUGUCUAAUUGAUUUUACACUAUGAUUUGCUUUAGCUGAUCAAAACAUUUUCACAAAGACAUAUCCAUACCCAACAGACAUGCAAACCACUAGCAGUCAGCUAAUAAGAUGUUGUCCUAGUACAACUUGCCUGUUGUACUAGGAUCUGUGUACCUGAUAUGUACACAGAAAAAUAAAGCUGAACAUAAGUCUGUAUGAAAUGAAUAAGACAUUCAAAGUUUUGUAACUAUAGCUCGUGUCACUUUAAACAAGUGUCAUUGUUUAAUUUGUUGCUUAUUUUUUCAAGAAAAACCAUUAAAAAAAUGUUGAGGACUGCUUCCACACUCAGGGUCACAUUUUAACUUUUUAUCCAAUUGAAAUCCACCAUUCAAAUAUCACAGAUUACUAUAUCUGUGAAGUGAUUGACUGCAAGGGAUCAUGCUACUGGAGCUGGCCAAUCAGAGCAGUAUGGGCUGGAAGGGAUCGAUUUCCAUAGCAACAGGGAACAACUGUAUUUGUUAGUAAGUUGUUUUAUUGAAACUUUACAGCUGUUUCUUGUCCACCUGAUGAAUGUAGAAAUCUAGUAUUUAGUUAACAAUAAAUAAAUAAUGUAAAUCAACUAUCAAUGUAUAUAUAAAAGACAUUUAAAUAUAAUUUUAAGAUUAGCACAUUGAUAAAUAAUGUGAUUUUUUACAGAGAAUUGUAUAUGUUUGGUUUCUUUUGACAAAACUCUUCAGGAGUAUUUCUGGUAUUUGGAUCUUACCUCUUGGUUGAAAUGCAGUCAUGGUAAAAACAAAGUGCACCCUUUUGGUAAUUUUUAAGUCCUGUUUAUAAAAUACCAAAAUCUAGUUUUUUCCAAGGUUCUGAAAUUAUUUAUCAGGCCGGAAAUGGAUGGAAACAUUAUUUAAUAAACAAUAAAAAACACUUGCUGCUUCUAUAGAACUUAAUAGGGAAAGUAGAAGCAACGCCCACCAUUUUACAAUUAUAGAAAAAUAUAUUGACUUUCAAAAAAAUUCAACAACUUGUUCAAAAUGUUAAGUUCAACUUAAAAUGUUAAGGAUAGGAGAAGAUCUAGAAAAGACUGAACCAGUGCAGCUUGAAGGACUGCAGUAGAAGAACCUCAUCUUUCUAAAACACUAUGGCAGCACAGACUAAGUCUGUAAAGUUGCAUCUGAACAAACUACAAGACAUCCGGAACAAUGUCAUUUGUACGGAUGAGACCAAAGUAAAGAUAUUUGACCGGUGGCAAAUGUUUGAGGGAAACCAGAUACCACAUAUCAUUACAAACAUCUCACAUCAACUUCCGAGCCCGUUGGUGGUGGGGUUAUGAUUCGGGCUUUCUUUGCAGCCACACUAAGUUAACCGUGAACUCCUCUUAAUGCUAAAAUUUGAGACUCAAAUCAAUUGGAGCAAUCCAGUGUUGAUGAAGGUGGCACUUUCAUCCACAACUAUGCGAGACACUAAUAAAGUCACACAGAAAACAUCUAUUUUGUUGCUAAAGGAGGUUUUAAAAGCUAUUGAAAUGUGUGGUUUACCUAGUUUUUCACCCCAACUUCACAGUUUUGGCUCAUUUGUUGAUAAAUGACAGAGAUGGAAUCAAAAAGGGUAUUUUUGUACACUUGUACAUAGAUUUGGACUUUGACAUUUCAUUGUGUCCUGAUAUGUAAAAACUUAGAACCGAGUUGGAGUGUGCUUUCUUUWUAUCAGGACUGUAGGUUUUUUUUGCUGCUAAAAUAAUUAUGUUUCCACUAUCUACGCUUUAUCCGUGUCCAGCUCUAGUUUGCUAAAGAAAGCAGAACCAACGCCGAACCAAAACAUUCAGGAAAAACCAAAUAAUACGAGCUGGAAGUUACCAAAUUCAACUAAAACAUCGAGUUAUUGUAUUUGGGUAUUAAUUAAGAACAUUGAGCCUAACUUGAUAGGUGAUMGAUGGUUUGUGUUUUGGAACAAAACUCCUCAGCCCAACAAAGAGACUUAAAAUUGUGGCUUGUACAUCAGCAAGAUUAGRAAGGCAGCCACGUUCACGGUCAUACCACGUGAAUUUWUGUGACGUUUGGUCCAGUUGAAAGCAUGAGACAYGUAAAGUGUCGCACACUGUGUUUACUGGUCAACUGUAAAUAUAUAAAUAGCAGAGCCGGGUUGCUAAAAUCCAGGGGGGAGCCGUCACRAAUAUAAACCAAAAAAACACAAACCACACACUGUAAGUCACGGAGGCACAUCAACAGCUCACAGUUCACAUUCCGAUGAUACCAGUAUGCCUAGCACUUGUGCAUUCUUAAGAACUGCUGUUUUACUGUCAAAAUGUAAACAAAACUCCUGUUUUUUGUUUUGUUUCGUCAUCUUGCAGUUUUUAUUUAAAUCUCUUGCAAGUGAUUUGUGAACUAUGGCUUUUAAAAUGUCCAAUUAUGUAUAACUUUCUGAUGCCAUCAUGAUGUCUGUUUUUCCAAAAAAAAAAAAAACAAUCCAUCAUCUAUUGUUGCUAAGCAGCCAUUUUGGGCCAGCUUGGGGUGGGGGAGAUUGAUUCACUCAUGAGUUAUAGCAACGGGGGAAACAAUUGUUUGUUUGAUCUGCUGGUUUUAUAAUUUGGCUCACUGCCAAACAAACGGAGUUAUUUGUUGUUAUGUUGGUUGGUUUUUAAUUUGUAAAGAGAGAAUGUCCACCCAGACAUUGUGGAUAUUGAAAGCACACCUGACCUAAUAGGGUCAGGUACCUUUGCUGYCAAUCUUAGCUGUAAGACAUUUUAUAUAGUUGGCCAGCACUUUCAGAUACAUCUCUUGAAGUAUUUUUCACCCAAUCCUCUUCUUGGCUGCUGUUUGACGGCUCAAAGCUUCGACUCCCCUCAAAGGGUUUCUGUGGAGACUAUAGCUACAGGCCUCAAAAUGCUUCUUUCUUAGUCACUGCUUUGUUGCCAUGAUUGUAUCUUUUCAGUAAUUUGCCAUGCUUGAAGGCCCACCYGUGACUGAUCUUCAUUGUUCUGGCUGAUGGAGAAAAGUUACUCCUCCAAGACACUGCUGUAUAAUUMAUUGACUCCAGUGUGUCAAUGUUAAUUCUGACUUAGUAAUAGUCUUUUACCUAAAACCUAUUCCAAUUUUAGUCAUCUGUUGUUGUUUUUUUUUUAAUCAUCUAAAUUUCCUGYGACUUUAACUUACAAAAAUAUGAAAUCAUAGAGAAAUGCCUCUAUUGUACAAAUACUGAAAUUAUAUCUGAUGGGGCUUUAUUUCCCUAAAAUAUUUUAAUCCUGUUUUUAUUAAUUGAUGAAAAUAUCAGUCAUGUUUGUUGUAAGAAAAAAGGCAGCUGACAAAAUAUUUUUGUCRUAGUCUUAGUUGGCAAAAGUAACUUUGCAGUGCAUUGAAAAAAUGCUUACCAAAAAAGCACCCUAAAGCAUAAUUUUUACAGCUUAAAUUAAAGUCUUAUCCGACAACAGAACUUGCACAUGAGCCCUUGUUGAGUCAUUUUAUGCCUCUCAUAUUUUCAGAUGAUUGCAUUUUCUUUCUGGAAUAUUUUCUUUCUUUUCUCUYGUCACAUUACAAUAAAGARAAUUACAAAAUUUGAGUCCGGAAACCUAUUGUAAAACAAUUGUCUCUUCCAUUGUGUGCUUUAUUGAUACAUAUGGGGAAAUAGGCUGGUGAAAGACAUAAAAAGUGUAUUUUCUUUAAAGUUCAGAAGUUUGAAAUGACCAGGAUUAAGCAACAUGAUUUGUGUUAUUAUUUAUUGUUAUUUAUUUGAARUUGUGUUAUUUUCAUGCUUGGGAAAAAAAAAAUGUCAAGAGAUAAUAAACUGUGUCGGAUCCAACUGAAUGAGAAAA